AUGGGUCUGGCCCCUCGCUUGGUGGCUCUGACAGACCGGGCGAUUCUGCGGGUUGCAGGCGAGGGCAGUGACCGCUUUUUGCAAGGUCUUUGCACCCAGGACGUGCAGCGACUCAGCGUCUCGGGUCCUUCGGUGCUGCCGGCGGCUUUUCUGUCGCCCAAGGGCAAGGUGCUAUGCGAUGCCAUGGUGAAGCGACAGGAUACCAACGAAUACUUGGUGCCAAGCUCAGGCACCCAAAGUGCCGAGAUGGACUCUUCAGAUUAUUUUGCAGAUCCACGCUUUGAAGGGCUGGGGCACCGUGCAAUUCUGCCUGCAUCGCACCCGACAUCUCCAAGUGCGAGCUUGUCCGACUACCAUUUCUGGCGAGUUUGCUGUGGUGUUCCUGAGGGUCCGGGAGACUUGAAGAUCGACGAGGUCAUGCCUUUGCACGGGAAUCUAGACUUGUUGAACUUCGUCUCCUUUUCCAAAGGCUGCUACGUUGGCCAGGAACUGCUUACUCGAACCAAGCAUCGAGGUGCAGUGCGUCGCCGGAUUUUCACCGUUGUGGCCAUGGAUGGCAGUGACACUGCACUUGGCAGGAAACUUCAAGAGAAAGUGCAGAGCCUGCCGCGAAGUACUCCAUUGACCGCGGAGCUCAUCCAUCCACUUCCAAGACCCCUUCAAGGGGAAGAGAAGGACAUGGCAAUUUUCAGCCACUCAGGCUCAUCUGACCCGAAACAAGUAGGGACACUCCAAACGUGGUCUCACAAUAUGGCACUAUGCAUGCUCAGAUGCGAAGGGGCAUUCAACGAAGCUUCCAGCUUCGAGAAUUCGCCCUUGCCGAAUGGUGUCGAAAUCCUUUCGGCCUCCAGAGAUUUGCGAUUUCUCGUUCGCGCUCCUCCUUAUGUUUUCUCGUAG